AUGACACCUGAAUAUAUGCUUUGCUAUAAACCCAUCACUGAUGCCAACAUUGAAGCUCAACUUUCCAUGAGGUUGAUAUCGCCGCCUUCCGUUGAUUCAUACGUUUGCACGCGACCCGAAUACACAUGCCAUUCAAAAAGAAUCAUAAUACCAGCUACAUUCCUCCGUACUACGGACAUCAUCACCACCCUCAUCAUCACCAUCAUCCAGGGUAUUACGAUGAGCACGAUAAAGAUUAUGGAAAUAAACAUACAUGACAAAUACUAUGGAAAUUACUACAGUAAGCAUGGAGAUGGCUCCAAAUACCACGAUUCCGAUAAGUAUGGCCAUACCGAUAGCUAUAAAGAGCACGAAGAGUCGAAAUACGGAGAUGUCGGAAAAGAGGAAGGUGGGAAAUACUACGACUCGGGCAAGAAGUAUGGUCAUGAUUCGAAGUACUACGAAGCAGGCGGCAAACAUGGACAUGACAGCGAAAGCGUUAAGAAAUACUCGUACUUUGCUUCUGGAUCCGGGCCAGAUGGCGAGUAUAAAAGAGGAUACUACGGAUCUGAAGGAUACGAAGACGCACAGCACAAAUCAAAGUACGUUUCCGACUCUUCCGGAGGCGGUUACAAGAAAGGACACGACGAACAAGACAUGCACCAUAAGGACAGCUACGAUAAGUAUAGUACGGAUAACUCCGGGUACGACAAAUACGGCAAGAAAUAUGAAUCCAGUGAGCAUAAGGAGGAUAAGUCCUACUACGGCAGCGAAGGAGAGAACAAAGGUUGGAAGAAUUCCGGAUACGAUUCAGAGUACGAGGCUCAUGGUCCUAAGUAUGAGUAG